AUGAGGAAAAAGGUGAUUUUGCAACCUCAACAAAGCAUUUCAAAACAGCACAGAAUGUUGACUGACUUUGAAGGUGUUGCGAGAAAAAACGAAGUAGGGUUCCGCAUUUGGACUAGCAAAGAGGGUAUUGGGAUGCUAAGGGGUUCUUAUAACUUAGAUGGGUAUGCUUCAAGAAGGGCAUGUCAAAUGGUAAAGCUGCAAUUAAUGGUGUUUUUUGUGUUGCAGUUCCACCAGUACCAGGUUGUUGGGAGAAAGCUCCCUAUGGCAUCUAAUGAGCACCCCAAGAUUUACCAAAUGAAGCUCUGGGCCACAAAUGAGGUUCACGCCAAGUAUUUUAUGAGGAAGCUGAAGAAGGUCAAGAAGAGCAAUGGCCAAGUGCUUGCCAUUAAUGAGUCAAUGUAUUUUUGGGGUGGGGAAGUGGUUCCUUCUCAACUCUCCUCCUGGCAAAAUCCAAUUUGUUGCCAAAGGGCUCCACCUUUGACCCCAAAGCAUGUGAAGGAGGUUGCGUCAUAG